GGCGCGGACGGCAGCCUUUGUGCGCACGUGCGGCCCCAGCCCAGCUGCAUCCGCGCCCGCAGCUGUCCCGCGUCCCUGUGCAGCCGUGUCGCGUUCCCGAGCCAUGGCUCUCCCCGUGCAAGUCGUGUACUGUGGCGCUUGAGGCUACAAGCCCAAGUAUCUUCAGCUCAAGAAGAAGUUGGAAGAUGAGUUCCCCGGAUGUCUGGACAUCUGUGGCGAGGGGACUCCCCAGACCACCGGGUUCUUUGAAGUGAUGGUAGCAGGGAAGUUGGUUCACUCCAAGAAGAGAGGUGAUGGCUUCGUGGACACAGAGAGCAAGUUUCUGAAGCUGGUGGCUGCCAUCAAGACUGCCCUGGCUCAGGGCUGAUGCGCCCCAAAGGCAGAGUCCGGACCUUGCUCCAGCUCCUCUCGGCGGACGCUUCAUGACAGGAAAGACUGAAAUGUCUUGUGGACGCCUGGUCUUUCCCCGAUAUUCUCGCGGCUGCUGGGUGGGGAAGGGGUCAUUGCCUGUGGUCUUUGCCUCCAAGUGUGUCUUUCCCCCAGAAUCUGCCUUUGCUCCCUCCCUGCCUUGCCCGUCUCCUGUUCCUGCUUUCCAUCCCCUCUUCCUGUGUGCCCCCAUGUCUCCCCGUCUACCCUUGAACAUGGGGGAGGUCCUGGCUCAGGAUUCUUUCUCAAGGGGAAGCUAUGGGAGGGACCCCCUGGGUGAUUCUGAUUGCAAUUUGUGAGUCAAUAAACAUGGGAUGAGUUGAACUGAA